AUGAAGGUCCUCAUCGGCUUCGUUGCGGCACUAGCCAGUGUCAUCGGUAUUGUUAGUGCUGCCCCAGCGGAGGCUAUUGCCGACCCAAACGUGGAGGCCCCAGAGAAUCAUAGCCCUUCACACUUGCCCACGAAGACCGCCAGCCCCAUAAGCUCUUCGACGACGACUACAUUCAUCAUCAGCAUCACCACGCUCCCGGGCCAGCCCACUCCCACUACAGCUAUCCCAGUCGCUUGCCCGACAGUGACACACACGACCCGGCCCAGCAACUGUGAGCCUAUGCAGUGCCCAGUUCCUGGUUGCACGUUCCAAAAGGAACUGCUCGUCCCGUGCGGUUGCGCUGGCGUCAAGACUGCUCUCUUUGUCGACGGGUGCCAGACUGCUUGCCCCGAAGGUUGCAUGACCCGGUUGAGGACAGUCACGGCUCUCUGUGCUACCCCGACCGCGCGGCCUUGA